AUGAAGGAAAAAUUGUUUACUGUCACGAAAACGCAACCAGUGGACUUAAAGGAGUUAAAGGAGAGUUUUAACUAUGGUCUAUUCUGCCCACCGGUCAACGGCAAGGCCGGCAAAUUCCUGGAUGAAGAACGACGACUUGGAGACUACCCCUUCAAUGGUCCCGUAGGAUACCUUGAGUUAAAAUACAAACGUCGGGUGUACAAGAUGUUGAAGUUGGACGAGAAAACACUAAAGGCGCUCCACUCUCGCGCAAACUUGCGUCGAUUUUUGGAAAAUGUACAACACGCGCAGAUAGACAAGGUCACCAAAGCGUGCGCUAAAGGACUGGACCCCAACUUUCAUUGUCAGGAGACUGGUGAAACACCAUUAUCCAUAGCUGCCAGCCAAAAGACGCCAGCUAAGGUCCUCAUCGCCCUGGUCAACGGCGGAGCUCUCCUCGACUACAGGACCAAAGAUGGAAGCACUGCAAUGCAUAGAGCCGUGGAGAAGAAUUCUCUGGAAGCUGUCAAAACCCUUCUAGAACUCGGCGCAUCACCCAACUACAAGGAUGGGAAGGGAUUAACGCCCUUAUACCUCUCCGUUACGAACAAAACUGAUCCAUUAUUGUGUGAAACGUUAUUGCACGAUCAUGCGACUAUUGGGGCUACUGAUUUGCAAGGGUGGCAGGAAGUUCAUCAGGCUUGUCGAAACGGCCUCGUCCAACACCUGGACCACUUGCUGUUCUACGGUGCUGAUAUGAACAGCAGGAACGCAUCGGGAAAUACUCCGCUACACGUGUGCGCUGUAAACGCGCAAGACUCCUGCGCACGGCAGCUGCUCUUCAGGGGCUGCGAUAAAGAGUCGUUGAACUACGCUAACCAGACUCCUUAUCAGGUAGCCGUUAUAGCUGGAAACUUAGAAUUAGCUGAGGUUAUUAAGAAUUACAAAACGGACGAAGUCGUUCCGUUCCGCGGUCCACCUCGAUAUAAUCCGAAGCGGAGGUCGGCUGCGUGGGGCGGCUGGUGGAGCGCGGGAGACAGGUCCUCGCUCGCUUCCUCGACCAGGAUUCCGGCCGAACUAGACGCGAUACUGCGACGGCCCCAAGGUUCGACGAACUCUCCGUGCAGCCUCGAACGCCCUUUUUCAUCUGCGUCGUCCAGCAUCAGCGACGCGAGCCACCCGAGCCACGAAGACGACGCGAGUAUCAUCACAGAUAAGAGCCUGGGCGACACUAGCGACAUCAUUUCGGAUUCAAGCGGUGUGGGUACUAGCAAUUCCGAUACCACGACUUGCUCGCUUCAGCCGCCGGGCGCGACGCUGGUGUGUCUGCAGCCCUACGAACCCACUGGGGCAGGUCAUAUAAGGCUCAAUCAGGGGGAUAUUAUUGAAGUGACUGGUUCAACAGACGACGGUUUCUUAGAGGGCAGGGUACGGGGUUCUGGCUUAACCGGUCUGUUCCCCACACACUGUGUUCAGGAAGUGCGGUUGCGACAAAAUGCACAUAUACAUCAGGUCAUCUCAUCUGGAACUGUCCAUCAUUCUAGAGUAAGUGGACGCAGAGAAGUUGGCCUAAGUAAGACAUACAGUGCGACUGCUCCGAGAGUUAAAAAGUCAUACGGAAACAUGGAAACCCGUACAGUAGUUCUACAUCGUGCUCGUCGAGGAUUUGGUUUCGUGCUGCGUGGAGCCAAAGCCUCUUCUCCAUUGAUGGAGCUUCGUCCAUCAGAACGGUGUCCAGGCUUACAAUACCUGGAUGAUGUAGAUGCCGGAGGAGUAGCAGAUAGGGCGGGGUUGAAGAAAGGAGACUUUCUAAUUGCGAUAAAUGGCGAGGAUGUAUCAGGAGCAUCUCACGAACACGUGGUGGAAUUGAUCAGGAGUUCUGGUGCCCUUGUUUCCAUGACUGUUGUCUCUCUGAGCUCAGUUAUCAACGAAAACACAUGUACCGUGCCAGCUAGCAAGAGUCAAGGACAACUGUCUACUAAUGGCAGACCUUACGCCGCUACUUUACCCAGAAAGGGUGCUGGUGGUCGCAGUCCUGCGCCGGCGCCGCCGCGUCGGGAUCCUCGUACAACGCUAAGUGUGGGACGAGCGCGAGCUAAAUCUAUGGUCGCUGGACUCGAAAACGGCGGUGAGAAGGAGGAGACAUGUGAGCCUUUGAGCGUAGCAGGGAAAUCUUCAUCAGCGGAGUCUGUACAGUUACACCCUGGUAGUAACAAUGGUACACCCUGCAUGGGUACCCCUGUAGCACCUCGCACCGCUAGCAUCAGGCAGCGACCAGCCUCCUCUCGCAUCACUGCUUCAGAACUAGAGGAACUGUUCCAGCGUCAGGCUGGUGCUGAUGCCACUGGAGGCAGCGGUGGAAUGAUGACCCGAUCAGCAUUUCAAGAUGGAAGCGCAUCGCCAAGUGGUUCACCAGCUCGAGUGCCUUCUAGGGUUUAUGCAUCUGUGGCUGAUAUGAAGAGAGCGAAGGGAAAGUUGUGGAGCAAGUCAGCCAGCAUAAGUAGUGGUGGAAGUGCGACUCUGCGACGUGAAUUCCACUCCACUCCGGACUUGGCGGCGGCGCUAGCGUCGCGGCCCACUCGUACGAGAUCUAGCGAGGACGUACAUAAUGAACUAGCCCGCGCUCCGCCGCCCCCCUCUGCGCCCGCACCACCUCCCCCCGGUGCAGUGUCAUCUUCCUUCCGUCCUGCUGCACCCGCCAAGCUCUACGCUGCGCCUAAGGACCUCGCGCCAGUAGCCUAUAGACCCCACACAGAGCAACCACGGAAGGCGGUACGCGGGUGGUCAAGAACGAUGUCUGCAGAGGAAAGUUCACAUCAAUACGCGCAACCUAUCGCCCUACACAAGACCUUCGCUAGACAGAAUUCGACACCAGCGCCCCCUAUCCCAGAGCCAGAUUACAGUAUGUCAGAAUCGGAUGAGGAUGAGCAUAAACAAAAAGCAGAACCUGCCGCUGUUGCCGAGACCAGCGCUAACAGCAAUACCAGCGGCAGCAGUACUGGUUCGAGUUCCAUGCAGCACUCCUUCUCCGUGGACGAGAUUCAGAAGAUCCGGACGCGCCUCAAGUCUUCUAAAUCAUGCGGAGACGAGUUGGGUAUAGCUGAACGGGACGACGGAGAUAACUCGUCCUCUGGUGUUUCCUCUGACCAGGAGGCACAAGCGCGACCCCCCCGACGAGACAAAGUGUCCUUCUGCAGCUCCGUCACGGUUAAGUCCUCGAAUGACGUUAUCAGCACUGAACCCGUGCACAGUUCAUCAGAGAGUCUCGCCACCCCCCCACCGCCUAUGCAGAGGCAUAAUUCGUUAACGAGGAAACGAGCCACUGCCGCACUACUUCGAGGCACGGUGGGUAGUGCUAGAGGCAGGUCUGCUGCUGAAAGAUUGGGCGUGGACAUCGACAAAGCGCCAGGGAGACGCGCUCGUGCUGCGGUUCUACUCGCUGAAUUACCUCCACCUCCAGAGGAACCUGCCGGCCCGGCAGACCCUACGGCACCCGUGCUGGCCCCGCCCCCACAAUUCAGCGAUAGGGUUAGAGUCGUUGCCGCUCUACCUAAAUUGGCGCAUCUACAGUAG